UCUUUGAACAUGCGACACUUCUCCGUUAUCCUCUGCUGUUGCUUGGCGACCACUUUGGUCAACGCUGACAAACUGGGCUACAAUUAUCAGCCUGUGGCUCACUCAGGCUCGGGCCUCUCAUUCACACCGGGUGGUUCAGCCAGCAACUUAGCGCCCUCGUUUGCUGCUGAGCCCAGCAACGCUGGACUCUCAUUCGCUCCAAGUGGAUCGGCCAGCAGCUUUGGACAGAUUGCCGAACAAACUGCCGAUGCGCCCAACUAUGCCGCUGCUCAGCCUGAGUUGCAGAAGGAAUUCUUUACCUACACGGCUGAUGAGGAAGAGUUCGUCGAUCCAGCUGCAUCCGAGAAGAUCUCCACAUCUCUGAACAAAGCUUUGCGCGUUGUCUUCGUGAAGGGCCCCGACAGCAGUGGCUUGGAGCAAGCAGCUUUGGCUUUGGCCAAGCAAGCUUCCCAGCAGGAGACCGCCAUCUACAUCUUGAACAAGCAGGCCGACAUUAACGAUCUGGCCACCAAGCUGAACGAUAUCCGUAGAGCCAGCAGCGAGAGCAGCAACAACAAACCCGAAGUUCAUUUCGUCAAGUACCGCACUCCCGAGGAUGCUGCCAAUGCUCAACGUGCCAUUCAGUCGCAGUACGAUCAACUGGGCGGUAAAUCCACGCAGCAGGAUGGCGGUGUUGCCUCAUCCCUGAACUUUGCCAGCGAACCAGCGCCAGUUGCAGCUUCUGCUCCUGCUCCCGCUUCCAUUCCAUUAUCCCUUCCCGCAUCCUUCCCUUCUGCAUCUGAUGCCGUGCCAGUGGCUGCUGAGCCCGAGGUCACGUCACCCAUCUCCUCAUACGUUCCCCCCAGUCACCCCAGGUAG